CUUGAAUGAUGAGUAGUGUUUGAGAAAGCCUCUUUCUGUGCCCCCCAUGGAGAUCAGUGAUGGCAUUUCUGCAGGCAUUUUAAUGGGGGAAUGAAGAAUUCCAUCAAAUAUCUGGAAAUGCCUGCCACCUGCAAACUUUGUGUGAAAUUUCCUGUACAUUUCCACUCUCCUUUCUGGAUCUUGAUUUCUACUUCUGUCCCUGACUCUUCUGUGUAGAAGUGCUCUCCAUGGAGUGGGUCAAUGAGACUGUGGUGAGAGAGUUCGUCUUCCUCGGCUUCUCAUCCCUGGCCAGGCUGCAGCAGCUGCUCUUUGUUAUCUUCCUGCUCCUCUACCUGUUCACACUGGGCACAAAUGCAAUCAUCAAUUCCACCAUUGUGCUGGACAGAGCCCUUCGUACUCCUAUGUACUUCUUCCUUGCCAUCCUCUCUUGCUCUGAGACUUGCUACACCUUUGUCAUUGUACCCAAGAUGCUGGUUGACCUGCUGUCCCAGAAGAAGACCGUUUCUUUCCUGGGCUGUGCCAUCCAAAUGUUUUCCUUCCUCUUCCUUGGCUGCUCUCACUCCUUCCUGCUGGCAGCCAUGGGCUAUGAUCGCUACAUGGCCAUCUGUAACCCACUGCGCUACUCAGUGCUCAUGGGACAUGGGGUGUGUAUGGGACUAGUGGCUGCUGCCUGUGCCUGUGGCUUCACUGUCUCCCUGGUCACCACCUCCCUAGUAUUUCAUCUGCCUUUCUACUCCUCCAACCAUCUCCAUCACUUCUUCUGUGACAUCUCCCCUGUCCUUAAACUGGCAUCUCAGCACUCCGGCUUCAGUCAGCUGGUCAUAUUCAUGCUUGGUGUAUUUGCCUUGGUCAUUCCUCUGCUACUUAUCCUAGUCUCCUACAUCCGCAUCAUCUCUGCCACUCUAAAAAUCCCUUCCUCCAUUGGAAGAUACAAGACCUUCUCCAUCUGUGCCUCCCAUCUCAUUGUGGUAACUGUUCACUACAGUUGUGCCUCUUUCAUCUACUUAAGGCCCAAGACCAUUUACACUUCAAGCCAAGACACCCUAAUAUCUGUGUCAUAUACCAUCCUUACCCCAUUGUUAAAUCCAAUGAUUUAUAGUCGGAGAAAUAAGGAAUUCAAAUCAGCCCUACAAAGAUCAGCCAAACAUUGUAUCCUCUUAAUUAAAGAGCCAUUUUUUAAACUGCUAAUGCCUAGUACUUGCCAGGCAAAAUGUGUGUUUUAUACAUUUUUUUUCAUUUAAUUGUCCAGCUCCACUGUAACAUAAGAACAUUUUACAUAUGAAAAGAAUGAGACUUACAGAAGUUAAGACAGUCUGGCUUUCUACUGUCCACGAUACUUUAAUGAGACUAAUCAGAUAUGUGAACAGAGCACACAGUUUGAUAACAAAUUUAAUUAUAUUUUACUGCUUUAAAUAUUGCUAAUUUAAAAACCAAUAUGAGAGCAAAGAUGCAUCUAAACUGAUGAGAGCUGUGUCUUGAAGUAGACAGCUUGGAUACAUCAGGAAAGAAAAGAUGUAUCCAAAAAAAAAAAAAAGAAAGAAAAAGAAAAGAAAGGAAAAAAAGCAGGAAAUCCAUCUAUCUGUACUUUUCUUUUCCUAAAGACAACAGAAAACUUUGGUCCCACACAUUCUGCUACAAAUCUUGGUGGUCGUUUUUGUCCCCAAUUCAUUUCCUUAACCUACAUAUUGAAAUAUCUUUGCCUUUACUUGGGGUUGUUUUUUUCUUCCUUUGUUUGAGGUGGAGCCACUUUAUGGUUCUCUUCCUGAUGCACAUGUAUGUCCUUCACAUACUCGUGUGUCUUAGCCCCCACAUUUGUUCCUGAAACACCAUACUAAUUUGCUCUCUUCAAGGAAGCUACUAGCAUUGCCUACUUGCUGAAAUAUCUCAAGUAAUUCCAAGCAAAGGGCUUGAGUUAAUAUUAAUAGAAGGCUAGAUUCCUAGAAUGACCAGAAAACUCAUGGAAAACCCUCCAGUGACUCCCUUUGCCCUACAAGAUAAUGCCAAGAGUCCUUCAUUGUCAUGAAUCUAUCAUCUAGUUUCCACCUACCUCUUCAGUAUUAUCAGUUCUAAUUUUGUUAUUCUCCAUUUUCUAUAUGCCUUCUUGUACACUCUGAAGCUAA